CAACCAAAAUAAAUACCACGUGUUGCAUGCGGUAUCGAAGUAGCGAUUGGUAUCCAUGGAUGAAUAACGUUGUUAGGGGUUUUGUUAGUUUUGUAAACUGAUUUGUCGUUUUCAACACCGGCGAAAUGGAAAACUGGUCAGGAAAAAGGAUGAAAUCAAGUUCAAUAAAACCGAAAACUACCUUCAAGGCUUUAACUAAAGUCAAUGAUGAUCGUAAAAAAAGAAUUUCCGCUCGAACCCAGAAGCUGCCUCAGCCGACACCUAUCAAUGUCGAAGAGCUAAUUGAAAAAAGGAUACGGAAGUUAAGGGACAAUAGUUUUAUAUUUUUAACUUAUGCUUUUCCGAGAUGUAGCGAACGUUUUGGCCCAUAUCUAUUUCUGGAGGUCCCUUUUAGCAAAGUUGAUAAGCAUGAGUACUAUACAGUUAGCCGACAUGGAAUUACGUAUUGGAGCGAUACUGAAAACCACUUUAGUCAGUUAAACGAGUGGUUAGGGGAUUAUGAAAAGUAUAAGAAAUUAACAAAACUAAACUUCUUCGGCAACUACCGGUGCGCCAAAGCGUUUCGCCAGUGGCGUCAAAAUGUCAAACGGACCAAGUACGAAACUGCCAAGCAAACACUAGCCGGGAGUUUGUUCCUCGUUAUGCCACGAUUGGCCAAAGCGCUGCUGUACAUGAGAGAACAAUUCGAACAGUUGAUCCAUUUUCGCUAUUUUGAUGUUUCUGUGUGUGAAAAUUGGCACCUGCCAUAUUUUGUGGAAACUCAAAUGACGACCUAUGAACAGGUGCGCGAUUUGCUGUUCAAUCUGAACAAAAAAAUGCGGGAAGUUUUGUUUGAUGCUUGUACAAACACUCUCACGGAUCGAGGCUAUUCACCACAUGAUGAGGCAUUGAAUUGUACAAAUAAGAAAAAGCUCAAAGAUAUCAUGAGUUUCACAGAGCGGGCCAACAAGCGAAAGCUCUGUGCGCUGCUCGCCAGAUUCUUAGGAUAUGCCGACCACAUGAUGAUUAAUUUGCUACACCAAAUAUUGAGCGAGUCUUUCCGGAAUCUUUCAAAUGUUUUCAAAGGCUAUGAGUCAACAGAAUCACCAGAAAAAGCUCCGUUCAUGACGAUUGAAUUAAUUUUAAAACCCACCACUAUUGCUGUUGAUCCUUCGAGGGAAGUGGCUGCUUCUCUGUUAGAUCAAAUUUGUUCGAUGGUAGUAGAAUCUACCAGAUGCAUUGAGCGAUUUCAAAGUGAUACUUAUUUCACUAUAUUCACAGAACCGAUAAUUAUGGGCCGCCAAGAGGAUCGCCUUUGUGGGAAUCCCCCAAGUUUCAAUUUCAUCAUGGAUAAUGAUUACGAACUACUUAAAAACAUAAAAUCCAUAAACAUUAAUAUAAACGGGGCAUACGACAUUGUGGACAAAUAUACAGCCAAAUUUGAUCAAAUCCGGGAUAAUUAUCAUCAGGCACUUGCAAUGAACCGAGACCUUAUUAGAAAUGAAUCUGAUCUGAACAUAUUGGCAAAGUUCUGCCAACGAUACAACUCGGAAAUGGCAGAGCUGGAAAACAUCCAAGAAUCUGAGCGACUCGGUUUGGUUCAAGUUAAGCAGUUAACUUUUCGUGAGGAAAUCCUCCCUGUCUGUCAAGAUCUUUUAACUGUGUUGGACGAAACAUUACCCAGACUUGCCAUGGAAAAAAUCAACUACGUUAAUCAAAAAGGCGAAGAAAUUUCUACUAAACUUAUGAUUGUUCCGGAGGAAACUAACCAAUACAUAUAUUAUUUUAACUUUCUUGAAAUAUGUCACGAACAAGUAGAAAGCUUGGAAAAGGAGUUGAAUUAUGCUUAUGAAGCUCUGAAGAUAAUGAAAGUAUACGGAAUACCUUUUAGAGAUGAAGAUAAAGAUAAAUACCUAGACAUGGAAGAAUUGAUGGUGCAGAUAAAGGAAAUCAUGGACAAUAAACGGACCCAAAAACGCGACAUGAUAAACAAAUUUGAUCUAUGCUUGCAGACAGAUAUUGCGAAAAUAUUCUUGGAAGUGGAAGAAAUCAGCGAACACGUGCUUCAUGAGUGGCUUUUGGACGUAAAUUCUGAUCCAGCUCAGAUCCGCGACUGCCUGAUAGAUCUAUCAGAGCGGCUUAGCUCGUGUCAACGGAAGGCCCAAGAGUAUCGAAAGUAUCAGAAAGAGUUUCGCUUGGAGGUAACCCGUUUCGAUAAACUGGAUAUAGUGAUGAAUGAAGUUAAACUGCGUCAAACCUUGUGGGAUGGCGUCCAGCAAUGGAAAGAUAGCCUAGAACUUUGGAGUGAGAUUAAGUUCUACGAUUUGAAUGUCGAAGAAGUUGAAGCCCUGAACAACAAAAUUUUGAAAAACUGCGCUAUGCUUGACAAGAAUCUUCCUGCAAAUGAUAUCAUUCCAAAGCUAAGACUUGAAGCGGAAGAAUUCAAAGAGAAAAUACCUGUUCUUACAUAUCUUCGAAAUCCGGCUUUGAAAAAUCGCCACUGGAUAAAAAUUGAACAAAUAUUAAACAAGCGGCUGGCCGGAGAAGAGGAAAUUUAUUUGCACACUUUUGAAGAUGCUAAUGCUUUUGAAGAGGACAUUGCUAACGAAUUAAUGGAGGUGUCCAAUAUGGCUAGCGCUGAAUCUGGACUGGAAACGCUUUUAAACAAAGUUGAAAAUGCUUGGAAGGAGUUGGAGCUUACUGUUGUUAGUCACAGAGAUGCUCGAGAUGUAUUCAUAUUGGCAGGAACUGAUGAAAUUCAAACGGUUUUGGAUGAAUCUAGUAUCAAUAUCAGUACGAUAGCAGCAUCGAGACAUGUAGGGCCAAUCAAGGCAAAAGUCGACGAUUGGGGGAAACAGCUGGAUCUUUUUUCCCGUACUUUGGAUGAAUGGAUAAUCUGUCAGCAAUCUUGGAUUUACUUAGAAGCAAUAUUUUCCGCUCCGGAUAUUCAAAGACAACUUCCGCAUGAAACACAAAUGUUCCUGCAAGUUGACAAAAGCUGGAAAGACCUCAUGAGGCGUACUCAGAAAUCCCCAAUGGCUCUGAGUGCAAUGACUGCCGAAGGAGUGUUGGAACAACUGCAGAUCAACAACGUUCUUUUGGAGAAGGUUACACGAUGUUUAGAAGCUUACCUCGAAGUGAAACGUAUGGCCUUUCCAAGGUUCUACUUUUUGUCCAACGACGAGUUGUUGGAAAUUUUGGCCCAAACUAAAAAUCCACAUGCGGUACAACCUCACCUCAGGAAGUGUUUUGACGCUAUAGCUCGGAUCGAGUUUGGCAAGAAAAAGACCGAAAGCGGAGAAUCUGUCAUGACUAAUGAUAUUAUUGCUAUGGUAUCUCCAGAAGGUGAACGUCUGACGUUUGGAAUAGGCUUGAAGGCACGUGGAGCCGUUGAAGAUUGGUUGUCCAAAGUCGAAGAAGCAAUGUUCCUAGCAGUAAAGAGAUACAUGCGAUUGGGAUACAGAUGUUACCCGACAAAAGACCGAUCGUAUUGGAUGCAAGAGCACCCGAACCAAAUAGUUCUAACUGUAUCUCAACAACAAUGGUGUGCUGAUGUUCAUGAAAUUCUGGAUAGCAAAGGAAAAACAACGAAGAAAAUGCUUGCAUUCAGAGAUAAAUUAGUUAAAAACUUAGCAAUUUUGGCAUCCAUUGCAAGAACUAAUAUAUCGAAACUGGUGCGAAAGGUUCUAUGUGCGCUUAUUACUAUUGAUGUUCAUGCUAUGGAUACAGUUUCCCUUAUGGUGGAAAAGAAAGUAACUAAAUCAUCUGAUUUCGAGUGGUUGAAAAUGUUACGAUAUUACUGGAUGUCCGAGAGUGAUACAGUUGAAACCAAAAUGGCAUCAUCCAAUCAGCCGUAUUUUUAUGAAUAUCUAGGCGCAGGCGGAGUUUUAGUCAUUACGCCACUAACGGACAGGUGUUAUCUGUGCUUAAUGGGUGCUCUGCAAAUGGAUUUAGGUGGUGCUCCAGCGGGGCCGGCAGGAACAGGAAAAACUGAAACAACAAAAGAUCUUGCUAAAGCACUAGCCAUACAAUGCGUAGUGUUUAAUUGCUCCGAUGGACUAGAUUACAAGAUGAUGGGAAGAUUUUUCACUGGGUUGGCACAAUCAGGAGCAUGGUGCUGCUUUGAUGAGUUCAACCGAAUAGAUAUUGAAGUGCUUUCAGUAAUUGCACAGCAGUUAAUCACAAUCAGAAACGCUAAAGCAAUGAAAAUGAAAAGAUUCAUGUUCGAAGGUCGUGAAAUCAAACUGAAACCCUCUUGUGCUGCGUUUAUUACAAUGAAUCCUGGUUAUGCAGGCAGAACGGAACUUCCCGAUAAUCUAAAAGCACUAUUCAGACCUAUAUCAAUGAUGGUACCAGAUUAUGCCCUAAUUGCCGAAGUUAUACUGUACUCCGAAGGCUUUGAAGCAUCGAAGGUACUUGCGAAGAAAAUGGUUCAGAUGUACAAGCUUUGUAGUGAGCAGUUGAGCCAGCAGGAUCAUUACGAUUUUGGAAUGCGAGCAGUAAAAAGUGUACUGGUGAUGGCGGGAGCUCUUAAACGCGCAUCACCCGAUCAGCCUGAAGAGAUAACAUUGAUUUGUGCGCUUAGAGAUUCAAAUCUUCCAAAGUUUUUAGCAAAUGAUGCGAUAUUGUUCAACGGUAUACUUGGAGACUUAUUUCCUGGUAUUGAUUUGCCUGAACCUGAAAGAGGCAGCUUGCAGGGAGCUAUUGAAAUUUGCAUGGAACAGAACAAUUUGCAGACCGUCCCAGAACUUAUCCUGAAAACGCUUCAGCUCUAUGAAACCAUGGUGGUUCGUUGGGGUGUUAUGUUGGUUGGACCUACCGGAAGCGGAAAGACAACAGUGCUGCAUACGCUUGCAUGUGCGCUGGAGAAACUGUAUAAUGACAUUGUUGAAGGACCUUACUACAGACCGGUGAAUAUUCAAACGCUCAAUCCAAAGGCGAUUAGUAUGGAUGAGUUGUACGGAUUUGUUAAUUUGGCAACCAUGGAAUGGAAAGACGGAUUGCUAGGGUUGGCAAUUCGGGCUGCAGUGAAUAUCCUAGAAGAAGAACACCAAUGGGUAGUUUGUGAUGGCCCCGUAGAUGCUGUUUGGAUAGAAAACUUGAAUACUGUAUUGGAUGACAACAAAAUGCUGUGUUUGGCUAAUUCUGAACGUAUUAAGCUAACAAGCUGGGUGCACAUGAUAUUCGAAGUUCAAGACUUGGCACAGGCAUCACCAGCAACGGUGUCACGUUGCGGCAUGGUGUAUCUCGAUCCAAUACAUUUGGGUUGGGCUCCAUUGAUGACCUCGUGGUUAAAUACGGUUGAGGAGUUUUACCUGGAUCAAGAUUUGAAAGAACACAUUCAUUUACUUUUUGGCCGCUAUUACGAUGGGAUGAUCAAGUACAUCAACAGAAAAUGCCGCUGGAGCAUCCAUCAAGUAAAUGUCAGCAAACUUUCGAUGAUGACAAAAUUAUUGCUGAUACUACUGAAGCAAACGCAGGGAAUAAAUCUUAUGGAACGAGGUGAUGCGAAAAACUAUGUUUGCAAACUAUUCACAUGGUGCGCUCUUUGGGCGUUUGCAGGAAACUUGCUGGAUGAGUCGAAAGUAGGAUUCGAAAAAUUCCUAAGAUCGCUGUUUGAGGAAAGUGAUGCUGCAUUGUUGCCCGAAGGAUCGUUAUGGGAUUACAGAAUAAACCCGACUAUAAACUCAUGGGAAAACUGGCUAUCGAUUCAUCCGCAGUUUGAUUAUAAUCCGAAUGUGGCAUAUUUCGAUAUGCUUGUGCCAACACUAGAUACCACCAAAUACGGAUUCAUAGCUGAAAUGUUGUUUCGAGAACAGUAUCCUGUUCUCUUUACUGGCGACACUGGUGUUGGUAAAUCUGUAUUGGCAAGGGAUAUCUUAAACAAACUGAUGAAGGAAAAUGUGAUACCAAUUUUCGUAAACUUUUCUGCUCAAUCGGAAAGUGCUCGCACUCAGGAAAUAAUCGAGUCAAGACUAGAACGCCGUAAAAAGACUUUACUGGGAGCACCUAUCAAUAAGAAAAUAAUCAUUUUUAUCGAUGAUGUCAACAUGCCAAAGCUGGAUGUCUACGGAAGUCAGCCUCCCAUUGAACUACUUCGCCAGUUUCUUGAUUUCCACGGUGUGUAUGAUCGAGAUAAAUUAUUCUGGAAGGAUAUUGUCGACGUCACGCUAGGUGCAGCCUGCGCACCUCCUGGUGGUGGUAGAAAUAUUCUAACACCGAGAUUUAUCCGGCACUUUGCAUUACUAUCCUUUCCAACACCCAACAGUGACACUCUAAAAACUAUAUUCAAGGCAAUUUUGGUCGGAUUUUUGAGCGAUUUCAGCAUGGCUAUACGGCCUCUAGCUGAACCAAUCAUAGAAGCAGCUGUCGCAGUAUAUGAAAGAAUUUCCGAAGAGCUUUUGCCAACGCCGAAAAAGUCACACUAUGUGUUUAACCUACGAGAUUUGUCUAAAUGUGUUCAAGGUAUUUUACAAGCUGACUCUUCAUCGUACGUCAAUCCUAUACAAAUGCUUCGAUUAUUUUAUCAUGAAUCAAUGAGGAUAUUCUACGACCGUUUGAUAUGCGAGGAGGAUAAGUCAUAUUUCAAACAAUUGCUGCAAGACUGCUGUGAAAAAUUCUUCGAAACUACGGUUGUUCAGCAGGAAGAGACUGUUUUCUUCGGAGACUUCAUGAUCUUUGGACAGGCACCGGAAGAUCGUGUUUAUGAAGAGAUAAAAGAUUCUAAGAAAAUGAAAAACAUAUUGAUUGACUAUUUAGAAGACUAUAAUUCCACGGGAGGCAAAGAGAUGAACCUUAUAUUUUUUGGAGAUGCUAUAGAACACAUUGUUCGACUGGCUCGAUUACUCCGGUCGGAACGAGGAAAUGGUCUCCUGGUCGGUGUUUCCGGAAUGGGAAAACAAAGCCUUUCUAGAUUGGCGGCGCACAUAAAUGGUUACCAGUGUAACCAAAUUGCUCUCCGGCGAGGAUAUGACCACGCUAGUUUUCAUGAAGACUUGAGGAAAAUUUAUUGGAUAGCCGGAGUGCUGAAUAAACCCACAGUAUUUUUGAUAACCGACACUCAAAUCGUAAGGGAAGAAUUUAUGGAGGACAUUAACAAUAUUCUCAAUUCAGGAGAGGUUCCUAAUCUCUUUGAAGGAGAUGAAUAUGAGAAAAUUAUCCUUAAUGCUCGACAACCCUGUUUAGAAAGUGGAUACGCCAAUACUACAAGAGAUGGCAUAUUUGAAUUUUUCAUCAAACGCGUUCGUGCUAAUUUACAUGUUAUAUUGUGCAUGAGCCCUGUCGGCGAUACUUUUAGAAGACGUUGUCGGAUGUUCCCAUCCUUAGUGAACUGUUGUACGAUUGACUGGUUCGUAAAAUGGCCAGCGGAAGCUCUGUUGUCAGUAGCAGUGGGAUCACUAAAGGAAGUGUCGGAAAACGAAGUACAGUGCAAGCAUCUUGCUCAGGUUUGUGUGAUGAUGCAUGAAAGCGUUGAAAAAAUCUCGGAAAGGUUCCAUAGAGAAAUGAGGCGUUAUUAUUAUACCACUCCAAGCAGUUAUCUGCAACUACUAAAUCAGUAUCGUGUACUGGUGCAGAAGCGCAUUGACGUAAUUCAACAAAAGAAGGAUAGGAUUGCCAAUGGAUUGAGUAAAAUUUUGGAAACAAACCUAGUUGUAGCAGAAAUGGGUGAAGAGUUGAAGCAGUUUGUUCCUAUUUUGGAAGAAAAGUCGAGAAAUAUGAAGGAAUUACUGGCUAAGCUCGAUAAAGAUAAUAUAAUUGCUGAGGGUGUCAAGAGAAGUGUAGCAAAAGAUGAAGCAGAAGCCAAAAUUAAAGCUGCUGAAACACAAGAGAUAGCUGAUGAAGCUGCGAAAGAUUUAGAAAUCGUUAUGCCUACAUUACAGGCUGCUCAAGAUGCGCUUAAAGCUUUGAACAAAAAUGACAUCAACGAACUAAGAGUGUUUCAAAAACCUCCAAAACUUGUGCAGUUCGUCAUGGAAGCUGUGCUGAUUCUACUAGGCUCAAAAACCGAUUGGAAUACUGCUAAAGUUGUAAUGGCAGACGUUAAUUUUUUGAAGAAACUCGAAGAAUAUGAUAAAGAGCACAUUCCUGACUCAAUGCUCAAGAAGCUCAAGACAUACAUUGAGCAUAAAGAUUUUCAACCACCGGUUAUUGAAAAAGUAUCUAAGGUAGCAAAGUCGAUGUGCUUGUGGGUGAUAGCCGUUGAACGAUAUGCUAAAGUGUACAGAGUAGUGGAACCUAAAAUAAAAAGACAAAAAGAAGCAGAGGACGAACUGAACCAAGUCAUGAAGCUAUUGAAAUCCAAGCAAAAUGAAUUGGCUGAAAUUGAAGCUAAAAUUUUGAUGUUGAUAUCUAACCUGGACGAAAAGAAGCGAGAGAUGAAGGUCCUGCAGGAUCAUAACGAUCUGACCGCUGCACGGUUGAAUCGAGCAGGUCGUCUAACAUCUGCCUUGGCGGACGAAGAAGUUCGUUGGCGAGACACAGUGCAAGAGCUAACUGCCGAACAGUUUGCGGUUCCUGGAGAUGUACUAGUAGCAUCAGCUUAUGUCGCGUAUUUAGGAGCUUUCCCAAUUGGCUAUAGACGUGAGCUCACAGAAGUUUGGGUAGAAGAAUGCCGGAACCUAAAUAUUCCUAGCAGCGAUAGCUUCAACUUGGUGAAAAUAUUAGGGGAUUCAUUCAAAAUCAGACAAUGGAACAUAUUUGGUUUACCGCGAGAUGAAAUUUCUAUUGAAAAUGCAAUCAUUUCAACUGAAGCCGGAAGAUGGCCGCUGAUAAUUGAUCCCCAAGAGCAAGCUAACCGCUGGGUUCGCAACAUGGAAGCCCAAAACGAAAUAAGAAUUAUUAAACUGACAGAUACAAAUAUGAUGAGAAUACUAGAGAUAUGUAUCAGACAGGGAACUCCUAUGCUUAUUGAAGACAUCCAAGAAACACUUGAUCCAGUUUUGGAAUCGGUGUUGCUCAAACGAGUUUUCAUGCAAAACGGCAGACCAAUGAUAAAGCUUGGAGAUGUUGACGUUGACUAUGAUCACAACUUUAGGCUAUACAUGACAACCAAACUGGCAAAUCCACACUUUUUGCCAGAGAUCUGUAUACAAGUAAGCUUGGUAAACUUCCUGGUGUCUAGAAGCGGCUUGGAGGACCAGCUGCUUGCUGAUAUUAUAAAAAUUGAGCUCCCGGAAAUGGAAAAACAACGCAGUGAUCUCAUCGUCAGAAUAAAUGAAGACAAACAACAGCUUUUGAUGUUAGAAGACAAAGUUCUGAAGCUUUUGUACAGUUCUCAAGGCAACAUCUUAGACGAUGAGGAAUUAGUGGAUGCCCUGAAUGAAUCAAAAGAAACCUCGAUGGUAAUUGCUGAUCGACUUGUCGAAACGGAGAAAACAGAAAUGGCCAUUGCUACGACCAGAGAGAAGUAUCGAGUUUUAGCUUCGCGAGGAGCAGUUUUAUACUUUGUUGUAUCGUCGCUGGCCGAUAUCGACCCUAUGUACCAAUUCAGCCUGCGAUACUUCUCACAUGUAUACUGUUCGGUGAUAGCCAAGCCACACGAAAAAAUGGAACUUCCCCAACGUUUGACAACCCUACUGGAUGAUAUAACGUUCACUGUAUUUUCCAACAUUUCACGUGGAUUGCUCGAAAAACAUAAGUUAAUCUAUGGAUUUCUUCUGGCAGUGGGCAUUUGUAAAGAAUCUCUUGAAAUUAAUGAUAAUCAACUAAAUUUUAUUCUGAGAGGACCAUCGAGCAGAAACUAUGCUCUGGAACAAAAACCUUCACAUGUCACAGAUAACCAAUGGUUCAGUUGCAGAUAUUUGGAAGAAACAUUUGGCGCCUUUUCUGGAUUGACAAAGUGCCUUCAUGAAAACAUAGAAAUACAAAUACAAGAUUACAAAGAGAAUCUCACUUCAGCACUAAAACCUAUAGAAUCUUCAAAACAAUGGAACAGUCGAUUAACGUCACCAGAAAAACUUAUGCUGGUAGCGGCGUUGAGAGAAGAAAGCUUGGUAAUUGCUAUUACUGAGUUUAUCCGAUUGAAGCUGGGUAAAGAGUACACGGAACCUCCAAAAAAUACGACCUUGCCAUCUUUAUAUGAGGACAUAUCGCCUAUAACGCCACUAGUGUUUGUGUUGUCUCCUGGAUCAGAUCCAAUGACGGCGCUCAUCAAAUUUGCACAGGAUAAAGAAUAUGCGGAAAAAUUAUUCUCCAUCUCCUUGGGACAGGGCCAAGGUCCAGCGGCAGAAACAUUGCUGGCCAAUGGAACCAAACUAGGUCAUUGGGUGUUUUUGCAGAACUGUCAUCUUGCUACAUCGUGGAUGGAAUCUAUGGAACGAAUCGUGAAUAACAUAGCGAUGGGAUUGCAAACUGUUCAUGAAGGUUUUCGAUUGUUUCUUUCAUCUAUGCCAGUUAAGACGUUUCCGAUCAGCGUGCUUCAGAAUUCAGUAAAAGUUACAAAUGAACCACCGAAAGGUUUACGCGCCAAUCUGAUCCGAUCGUUGAACGAUAUCGAUGCAGGAAACUUUGAGUUGCAUGUACUCGGUCAACAGUGGAGAAGCAUGAUCUUUGGCCUGUGUAUGUUUCACGGCAUAAUUUUAGAGCGACGAAAGUUCGGUCCUAUUGGUUGGAACAUAUUAUAUGAGUUCAACGAAAGCGACAGAGAAUGUGCUUUGAAGACCUUGGACAUAUAUUGUGAGCGAGAAACUAAGGCGCCAAUUCCCUGGGAUGCUUUGGAGUAUAUCAAUGGGGAGAUUACUUAUGGAGGAAGAGUUACGGAUAACUGGGACCAACGUUGCUUGCGUUCGAUUAUGAAAAUAUAUUCUUCAGAAAAUGUCCUUUCAGCAGGAUAUCAUUAUAGUGAAAGCGGUAAAUAUUACUGCCCGGAGGCAAAAACUUUAGAUGAAUACAAAAUCUACGCCAACAGUUUACCAAUACACGACCCUCCAGAAAUGUUUGGAAUGCAUGAGAAUGCUAAUAUUAUUUUCAAUAGAAAUGAGAGCAGAUUUUUCAUUGACACCCUUCUGAGUAGCAUGAGCGGAGGCGAUUCAUUAGGUGAAGCCGCCUUAGCUGCAAUGGAUAAACUAUGCUUAGAUAAGAUUCAAAACAUACGCUCCUCGAUUGCAAAAAAUAUUAACAGCGAGAAUCCAUACCCGGAUUUAAUGAAGAGGGACAACAAGAAUCGAAUACCAUCCUUAACGACAGUCCUGCUUCAAGAAAUAGAGAGGUUCGACCGACUACUAGGUGUAAUCCACAGCAACUUGAACGACCUGGAGAAAGCCAUACAAGGAUUCGUAGUGAUGUCAGAAAGCUUGGAAACAAUAUAUCGUGCGUUCACUAAUAAUCAAGUUCCCCAAUUGUGGCACACCGUCGGCUUUCUGUCGACCAAAUCGCUAGGAAGUUGGAUAUUUGACCUGCAGCAACGCAUCGAAUACGUGCAAUCAUGGAUAGACGAUGGCUUGCCUAUAUCGUCGUGGAUUUGCGGUUUGUUUUUCCCUCAAUCGUUCCUCACUGGAACUUUGCAGACAUUUGCACGAAAGAAUGAUAUUCCCAUUGAUACGCUGCGGUUCGACUUCGAGAUUAUGAACUGCACCUUGAAUCAACAAGCUAUAUACGAACGACGAACUCGAGGACAGAAGAGUAAUUCCUUGUUUGAAGAUUUGAAAGUGCCUGGCUCGGGUAUCCUGAUCCACGGACUAUUUAUAGAAGCUGGUCGAUGGGAUAUACGCGAGGGAGGACUGUGUGAUGCAAAAGUUGGAGAACUGGUUUCAAGACUACCGGUAGUGUGGCUGAAACCAUGCGUAAACCUUGAUGUAGGCUCUCGCUAUGAAGCACCUCUCUACAAAACUAGCGUCCGGGCAGGUGUUCUUUCGACAACUGGACAUUCCACUAACUUUGUCUUAUCGAUUUUAUUGGAUACUAAAAAACCGACGGAUUAUUGGAUUUUGCGUGGAACCGCUCUGGUUACUUUAAUAACGGAUUAAGGCAGACUAAGAAGAGUAUCGAUGUUCGAUUCAACCUCCUUAACUGCUUUCAGUGCAUGCGCCGUACUCGUAGUCACCUCAUGGAUCAUAACUUUUUGUAUUGUCCUGCAAAUAAAUAUAACCAUUAAUUAAUCAUUAAAAAUUUUGCGGAUAA